UGGCAUUCACAGUAAUAGAAACCUACGAAUCACAUUGAAAACUGUUGUUUUAUAAUUUAUCCAGUUUGAAGCAAAUUUAGGAACAGUCGUACCACCCAAGGAAAAUAAUCUAAGCAAGAAUUAAAAUUUUGACAUAAAUGUAGGUUAUUUUUUCCAUAGAAAUGGUAGAUGAAAGUACACGUAAAACUUUAAGUAGUAUACCGCUACUGAAAACGAAAGCGGGGCCUCGCGACAAGGAACUCUGGGUGCAACGUUUAAAAGAAGAAUAUCAAACACUAAUAAAAUAUGUUCAAAACAAUAAGGCGGCAGACAAUGACUGGUUUCGCUUAGAAUCCAACAAAGAGGGUACCAAAUGGUUCGGCAAGUGCUGGUACAUACACGAUCUACUCAAGUAUGAAUUUGAUAUUGAGUUUGAUAUUCCAGUAACUUAUCCCACCACAGCACCGGAGCUAGCGCUGCCUGAACUGGACGGAAAAACUGCCAAAAUGUAUCGAGGUGGUAAAAUAUGCCUUAGCGACCAUUUCAAGCCAUUAUGGGCUAGAAAUGUGCCUAAAUUUGGUAUCGCUCAUGCUAUGGCCUUGGGGCUUGGACCCUGGCUGGCAGUUGAAAUUCCAGAUCUUGUCGCAAAAGGGGUUAUAUCUUAUAAGGAAAAGGUGGAGAGCCAAGGAUAGUUAAAUUGAAUCAGACAUAUAUGCAUUUUCUGAGUUUCUCCUUCCGAAGGAGCAUUGAUUUAUGCCUCAGGAGAAAUAAAAAUGUCCUUCAAAAAACCGUUUUUGUUAAUUUUGUGUUUUGGUAUUAUAUUUUCUGUAUAUUUUGAUAUCAAUAUAGAUUUUUUUAAAUUGA